UGUAUCGAGCUAUGCUUCGGGAAUCGGGACUCGGGAGUAAAGUGAGUGGACCUUCCCUUCCGCCGACAGGCUGCUGUCAUACGGCCACCAUGUUAUCCCAUUCCCGGUGUCUCACCAGGAAUUUAGGUCGUUCCCUCUCUGCUCUCCGUCAGGGGAACAAUGUGUUAGCUCGUCGAGCCACGGCAGCACUGUCAGCUAGCCAUUCUCUCACCUUCGCCAGCCAUGUAAAAUAUGAUCCUCGGACCACCGUCUUCCAAGUCCGGUACUUUCGGACUUCUGUAACCUAUAGGGAUGAAGUCGUAACAGUUAACACCCCUGCGUUUGCAGAGUCUGUUACAGAAGGUGACGUGAGGUGGGAAAAAGCUGUUGGGGACACUGUCAGCGAGGAUGAGGUGGUGUGCGAAAUCGAGACUGAUAAGACGUCAGUGCAGGUUCCCUCUCCUGCUGCUGGGGUGAUCGAGGAGCUUUUGGUACCAGAUGGAGGAAAAGUUGAGGGAGGAACUCCACUCUUUAAGCUUCGAAAAGGAGCUGGUGCUCCCAAAGCUGCAGAAACUCCAAAAACUGAGGCUCCGGCUGCUGCAGCACCUCCACCACCUUCUGCUGCCCCACCUCCUCCACCCUCGGCUGUGGGCCCUAUUCCCACCACGAUGCCCCCUGUGCCACCUGUGCCAGCACAUGCUAUGGACUCCAAACCAGUUUCCGCCAUCAAGCCCACGGUUGCUGCACCUGCACUGGAUGCCCAAGCAGAAGUUGGCGCUAAAGCAGCCAGGACAGAAAGCAGGGUCAAGAUGAACCGCAUGAGGCUGAGAAUCGCACAGAGACUGAAGGAAGCCCAGAACACCUGCGCAAUGUUGACGACAUUUAAUGAGGUCGACAUGAGUAAUGUCACAGAGUUGAGGAAGUCUUAUAAAGAUGCCUUCCUGAAAAAGCACAAUGUCAAGUUGGGCUUCAUGUCUGCAUUUGUGAAGGCUGCAGCCUACGCACUGGUUGACCAACCUGCUGUCAAUGCCGUCAUUGAUGACACAACCAAAGAGAUCGUCUACAGGGAUUAUGUCGACAUCAGUGUAGCUGUGGCCACACCAAAGGGGUUGGUGGUUCCUGUUAUCCGAAAUGUCGAGGGAAUGAAUUUUGCUGAUAUCGAGAAGGCCAUCAACAUGUUGGGAGAAAAGGCACGUAAAAACGAGCUGGCUGUUGAGGACAUGGAUGGCGGAACCUUCACUAUCAGCAACGGUGGCGUGUUUGGGUCCAUGUUCGGCACACCAAUCAUCAACCCUCCACAGUCUGCUAUUCUCGGAAUGCACGGCAUCUUUGACAGGCCAGUCGCCGUCAACGGAAAGGUGGAGAUCCGUCCCAUGAUGUAUGUUGCACUGACGUACGAUCAUCGUCUGAUUGACGGUAGAGAGGCCGUCACUUUCCUACGCAAGAUCAAGUCCGUAGUAGAAGAUCCCAGGGUAUUGCUCCUGGAGAUGUGAAGCCCUGGAGUUAGAGGCUCAGCGGAUUAAAGGAACACUCACAAACUGGCUGUAUUCACCCGAGGGACAUUACCACACCUGCAGUUCUAUGUUUGCAUUGGAUACCUGGAAAAAAAUGGAUUUUAGGGAAGAGCUUAUGAUACAGAACCCCAGUGCAAUGGCUUAUAGUAGUAAAAGGUUUUGGAUUGGGACUUUGAGUGGUGCUGGGAUCGAGAUCAAAAAAGACAUUGUGUAUCUUUAGCGCCAUAUGAUGUUUUCUACAUACAAUCAAAAUAUUUUCAACUUAUUGUGAGAAGAAAUGACUACGUGUGAUUUCGUUAUUUAGACAAUUGGUUUCAAACCAAGAAACACUAUGUUCUUUAAUGUUCAAAGUGUGAAAAACAUACUGAGCAAUUUUUGCUAUGUUUCACAAAUGAGUAAAAAUCUUUAUGCUAUGGAAGAGGAUAUUUAAGAAGACAUUUAAACAAUAAAACAUGAGCUGCA